CGUUAAAUUGAAAUUUCAUCCAAAAUAUUUUUCCUCCCUCUGCUUCUUCUUCUCCACGAUCAUUCGCUUCCAUCUCUCCUCCACCAGAUCUGAAUCUCUCUGUGGAAUCAAUAACCAUUUUGUGAUUUGAGUUGAUUAGAUCCGAUGGAGAAUGGGGAGAUAGAAAAUCAAGAUGAUGAUAAUCAUCAUCAUCAUAUACCCGUAUCUCAUCAAACUGUUGUUGGUGGUCGGAGGCAAUAUACACCGGUGGUGGCUCAUGAUCGUGCUGUUCUUGAAAUGACUUCUUUAGAAUCUGGAGGAGGAGGAGGUGGAGCAUCUUCUGCUCCUCCACCACCUUCUUCCGGUGGUUUACCCGUUCCCAGUAAUCCAUUAAAAAAUAUAAAACUCGAUGCCGGAGAAACAUCAUCUCCUUCACGUGGAAAUCAAGAUAGGCCUCAGAGAGAUUCCAAAUUGGAGUUGUUUGGUUUUGAUUCUCUUGUAAAUAUUCUGGGUCUCAAGAGCAUGACAGGUGAACAACUAGCGGCACCUUCAAGUCCAAGAGAUGGGGAAGACGUUUCUAUCACACUUGGACUCCCUAAGCCAAAUGAUCUCAAAAUGGGGACUAUGAUGGGUGUGUUUGUACCUUGCUUGCAGAAUAUUUUGGGAAUUAUAUACUAUAUUCGGUUUUCCUGGAUUGUUGGUAUGGCAGGCAUAUGGGAGUCACUAUUGCUGGUUUCUUUUUGUGGCUUGUGCACUUUUUUGACGUCCAUAUCAUUAAGUGCAAUAGCUACUAAUGGCGCAAUGAAGGGUGGUGGACCAUAUUAUUUAAUUGGUCGAGCACUUGGUCCAGAGGUUGGUGUUAGUAUUGGGCUGUGCUUUUUCCUCGGGAACGCAGUUGCCGGAUCCAUGUAUGUUUUGGGGGCAGUGGAAACCUUUUUAGAUGCUGUGCCGGCUGCCGGGAUUUUCAAAGGGAGCAUAACAAGUGUCAAUGCUACUUCAGGAGCUGCAGAACAUAUUCAAACUCCAAAUCUUCAUGACCUUCAAGUAUAUGGACUUGUCGUAACUAUUAUCUUAUGUUUUAUUGUGUUUGGGGGAGUAAAAAUUAUCAACAAGGUUGCGCCUGCUUUUCUUGUACCUGUCCUACUUUCAAUAUUUUGCAUAUUUGUUGGGAUGUUUGCAGCGAAGAAAGACUAUCCUUCACCUGGAGUCACGGGGUUGAGUGCUGAAACAUUUAAAGAUAAUUGGAGUUCAGAGUAUCAACGCACCAACAGUGCUGGAGUACCUGAUCCCGAGGGAUCGAGUUACUGGAAUUUUAAUGCAUUGGUAGGUCUCUUCUUCCCUGCUGUGACGGGAAUUAUGGCUGGUUCAAAUCGCUCUGCGUCAUUAAAAGACACUCAGCGGUCCAUUCCUGUCGGAACCUUGUCUGCAACUCUUGUGACCUCUGCGCUAUAUCUAGUAUCUGUUUUGUUCUUUGGAGCUCUUGCAACAAGAGAGAAGCUUUUAAAAGACAGGCUACUUACAGCUACCGUUGCGUGGCCUAUUCCUGCUGUUAUAUAUGUUGGAAUCAUUCUUUCCACUUUAGGAGCAGCACUUCAAAGCCUGACAGGUGCUCCAAGAUUACUCGCGGCUAUAGCUAAUGACGACAUUCUACCAGUCCUUAAUUAUUUCAAGGUUGCUGAUGGGGGUGAACCCCACCUUGCUACUCUUUUUACUGCCUUCAUCUGUAUGAUUUGUGUGGUGAUGGGGAACCUAGAUCUUAUCACACCGACGAUAACCAUGUUUUUCCUACUCUGUUAUGCGGGCGUAAAUCUAUCUUGUUUCCUUUUGGACCUUCUAGACGCUCCUAGCUGGCGCCCUAGAUGGAAGUUUCACCACUGGAGCCUCUCUCUUGUUGGAGCGUCACUUUGCAUUGUGAUCAUGUUCUUGAUCUCGUGGUCUUUCACGGUAGUCUCUCUAGCACUUGCCAGCCUUAUAUAUUAUUAUGUGAGCCUUAAAGGGAAAGCUGGUGAUUGGGGUGAUGGUUUUAAGAGUGCAUAUUUCCAACUUGCCCUCCGAAGUCUUCGAUCCCUAGGAGCAAAUAAUGUCCACCCUAAAAACUGGUAUCCAAUCCCUCUCAUAUUCUGCCGACCAUGGGGAAAGCUACCAGAGAAUGUCCCCUGCCAUCCAAAACUUGCGGACUUCGCUAACUGCAUGAAAAAGAAAGGCCGUGGUAUGUCAAUCUUCGUCUCUAUCCUCGAUGGGGACUACCAUGAUUGUGCAGAGGAUGCAAAAACUGCGUGCCGUCAGCUGAGCACCUACAUUGAGUACAAGCGAUGUGAAGGUGUAGCAGAAAUUAUCGUUGCCCCAAACAUGGCUGAUGGCUUUCGCGGAAUUGUUCAAACUAUGGGACUUGGAAAUCUCAAGCCCAACAUUGUAGUGAUGCGGUACCCGGAAAUCUGGAGACGGGAGAACCUAUUUGAGAUCCCAGCUACCUUUGUUGGCAUCAUAAAUGACUGCAUUGUUGCAAAUAAAGCCGUUGUGAUUGUUAAGGGUUUAGAUGAGUGGCCUAAUGAGUACCAAAAACAGUAUGGUACAAUAGAUCUGUACUGGAUCGUCAGGGAUGGUGGUCUCAUGCUUCUUCUCUCUCAGCUACUUCUCACUAAAGAAACCUUCGAAAGCUGCAAAAUACAGGUUUUUUGUAUCGCAGAGGAAGAUAUAGAGGCAGAGGAACUCAAAGCGGACGUUAAAAAAUUUCUAUAUGAUUUGAGAAUGCAAGCUGAGGUGAUUGUCAUUACGAUGAAGUCAUGGGAAGUGCAAGUGGAAGGUGGUCCUCCUCAACAAGAUGAUUCCAUAGAGGCAUUUACCAGUGCCCAAAGACGAAUUGCUUCAUAUUUGGGGGAGAUGAAGGAAAGAGCUCGAAAUGAGGGGACUCCAUUAAUGGCAGAUGGUAAACGCGUUAUUGUGAAUGAACAACAGAUUGAGAAAUUUCUGUAUACAACUCUGAAAUUAAACUCGACGAUAUUAAGAUACUCUAGAAUGGCGGCUGUGGUGUUAGUGAGUUUACCACCGCCACCACUGAAUCAUCCGCCGUAUUUUUACAUGGAGUAUAUGGAUUUAUUGGUGGAGAAUGUUCCUAGGCUGUUGAUGGUUAGAGGUUACAGAAGAGAUGUGGUUACCUUGUUCACAUAGUAGCUGCCAUAGAGUUUGUUGUCUUCUGACACAAAUCAUUGUAUCAUUUUUCCUUCAUUUUUUUUCUUCUUUUUCUCAUUUUAGGUCUGUUUAUUGUUAAUAUAUGUUUUUUAUAUCUGAAUUUUUGUAGGUAACAUUUUUACAUUCAUUCUUUUUCUGUCCCUAACUUGGACCCUGUUUUUUCUUUCUUCUUAACCAUGUACAUCCCUUGUGGGGAUGUUUGAUGAGUUUAGUUCAAGGCACAAUUCGAUGAAAUCGUAACUUAAAUUGAUCUUUUUAGUUAUUGAGUUGUA